GGAAUGAUGUAUCUUGAUGAAGUUUUCUGUGAUGGCUUUCUGACAAAAUUAUAAGGGCUGAGAAAAUUAAAGGUCUUUCCUUCUGUUGUCCCAUCAGGUAAAAAUCUGUAGCAUGGCUACCAUGUCAGUGCUUGCAAAUAUGGUACUUAGCCCUCAAUAUGGUACCCCUGCUCAGGACACCGGUGAUAGGGUGUAUCGGGACAGAAUUAGUCACUGACGAUGCCUUCAGUUGGAGUUCUGCCCCUUUCUCAGAGAGGGUGGCUGUGAAGAUGUUGGUGACAUGGUCACUUCUUACAGGGAAGCUGCAUUGCAUCUCUGGGAUCACCAGCUGUACGCCCUCCAGGUACCUUAACAUGGGGAACCUUCUAAAAGUUUUGACAUGCACAGACCUUGAGCAGGGGCCAAAUUUUUUCCUUGAUUUUGAAAAUGCCCAACCUACAGAAUCUGAAAAGGAAAUUUAUAAUCAGGUGAAUGUAGUGUUAAAGGAUGCAGAAGGAAUACUGGAAGACUUGCAGUCAUAUAGAGGAGCUGGCCAUGAAAUACGAGAGGCAAUACAGCAUCCCAAUGAUGAGAAGCUGCAAGAGAAGGCAUGGGGUGCAGUUGUUCCUCUAGUAGGCAAACUAAAGAAAUUCUAUGAAUUUUCUCAAAGACUAGAGGCAGGAUUGCGAGGUCUGUUGGGAGCCCUGACGAGCACUCCGUACUCACCAACGCAGCACCUGGAGCGAGAGCAGGCUCUUGCUAAGCAGUUUGCAGAAAUUCUUCACUUUACACUCCGUUUUGAUGAGCUCAAGAUGACAAAUCCUGCCAUACAGAAUGACUUCAGCUACUAUAGAAGAACUCUGAGCCGUAUGAGGAUUAACAAUGUCCCAGCAGAAGGAGAAAAUGAAGUAAAUAACGAAUUGGCAAACAGAAUGUCUUUAUUUUACGCUGAAGCAACGCCGAUGUUGAAAACUUUAAGUGAUGCUACAACAAAGUUUGUGUCAGAGAAUAAAAAUUUACCAAUAGAAAAUACUACAGAUUGCCUAAGCACCAUGGCCAGUGUGUGCAGGGUCAUGCUGGAAACCCCUGAAUACAGAAGCAGGUUUACAAAUGAGGAAACGGUAUCAUUCUGUCUGAGGGUAAUGGUGGGUGUCAUCAUACUCUACGACCACGUGCAUCCGGUGGGCGCUUUUGCCAAGACUUCCAAAAUUGAUAUGAAAGGAUGCAUCAAAGUUCUUAAAGACCAGCCUCCUAACAGUGUAGAAGGCCUUCUAAAUGCUCUCAGGUACACAACAAAGCAUUUGAAUGAUGAGACUACCUCCAAGCAAAUUAAAUCUAUGUUGCAAUAACAGUUACCUGGAAUUCGCACCUGCUGUAGACAGACAGUAUUCUGCAAUGACUGAGAUGCACAGAUUUUUUUUUUAGUGAUUGCAACUACUAUCUCGUUCAUUCUUGCUUUUUAUUUUUUCUCUUCCUGUUUACCCCCCCUUUUUUUUUUUUUAUCACUUCCUUGUUCUUAAGUAAGCUCAGACUUCUUUUCUGUGCCAAAUCAAUGAAAAUUAUCAAUUCUGGAAAGUAUUUGUACUUUUCAGAAUAGCCAUCCUAAGUGGCAGCUAAUUAUGCGUUGCAUUUGGAUUUCUCUGUACUGGGGAAAGAUUUGUGACUUGAACUAAAUAUUUUUAAACUUGUGGUUUUUUCUUUUUUUGAAAAACUAAUAUUUAAUAUUGCUUCUUCUGCAUGGCAAGACUGCCUACUUCUGCUAUUUAAAAAUCCCCUGAUGACUUAAUUUUCUAUUGCAGCUUAUUUUCAUGUGCAACCAUGAGGAAACUAAAAGCAGAUUUGUUUAAAUUAACUGUGUUUGUACAAAAUGGUACCCAACACAAAGGUUUUUUUAAAUGAGUAAAAAAUGUUUUGUUUAAAAGUUACGUUUGCAUUUUGACUCAUUUUUGUAAGGAUGUAUGUUGUAUGUUUAACCUUUAAUAACUAACGUUAAACUGUGGUGUGUGCGUAGCAAAAUUACGUAUGCAUGUUCAUGUCAAAUGAUUGGCUGUGGAUAAGAUAAUAAAAUCAGCUUUCAUUUUUCUAAG